AUGGAUGUCCAGCGAGACCAGAGUGGAAGCCUGGUUCUGGUCACAGCCAUCAGAGCUAGAGAAACUGGGGAGAAAAGAAUUUUUGUCUCAGGGACCCUGACUUUGCAAAAAGCUUUCCUGGCAAGUAGCUGCUGGAAUGAUAUUACCAGGGCUCUGGGUUAUUCGGCCUGGAGAAGGCUCCAGACGCUGCCGGCCGUGCCGCCGCGCCUGGUCGCGGUCAGCAAGACGAAGCCGGCCGAGAUGGUGAUCGACGCCUACAGGCACGGGCAGCGCAGCUUCGGGGAGAACUACGUUCAAGAGCUGCUGGAAAAGGCAUCGGACUCAAGAAUUCUGUCAUCCUGCCCUGAGAUUAAGUGGCAUUUUAUUGGCCACCUGCAGAAAAGUAACGUCAACAAGUUGAUUGCUGUCCCCAACCUGUUCAUGCUGGAAACGGUGGAUUCUGUGAAGCUGGCAGACAGAGUCAACAGCUCAUGGCAGAAAAAAGGGUCAUCCCAGAAGCUGAAGGUCAUGGUGCAAGUGAACACAAGUGGAGAAGACAGUAAGCAUGGCCUUCCUCCUGGAGACACCACGGCUGCUGUGGAGCAUGUGAUCAACAAGUGUCCCAGCCUGGAGUUCGUGGGGCUGAUGACGAUCGGCAGCGUCGGGCACGACCUUAGUAAGGGGCCAAAUCCUGACUUCCAGAUGCUGCUGUCUCUGAGGCAGGAGGUGUGUGACAAGCUGAACCUCCCCGUUGAGAAGGUGGAGCUGAGCAUGGGCAUGUCCACAGACUUCCAGCAUGCAGUAGAGGUUGGAUCCACAAACGUCAGGAUCGGAAGCACCAUUUUUGGAGAGCGAGAUUAUUCCAACAAAGCAGGGGGUGGCAAGGGCCCUGCUGAAGCUGGAGGCAAAACAGAGACUGUGACAGCCCAGGGUCAUUAGAUGGAAACCAAAAGAGUGGCCUGGGGAGAGGACAGAUGAUGGGAGACCUCACUAUGCAUCCCCACUUCCCUCCGU